GAAAACCUGUGGCUGAAACAUUCUGAGCACCGAGAGCGACACAUCUAAUUGCUGAUUCCAGAGGACUUCAGAAUGAAGAUUGCCAUUAUUGGAGCAGGAAGUAGUGGCCUGACUUCUAUCAAAUGCUGUCUUGAUGAAGGUUUGGAACCCACCUGUUUUGAAAGGAGUAAUGAUAUUGGUGGGGUCUGGAGAUUUACACAUGAGGUGGAAGAUGGUAGAGCCAGUAUCUAUGAAUCUGUGGUCAGCAACACCAGUAAAGAAUUGAUGUGCUACAGUGACUUCCCCUAUCCAGAGAACUUUCCUAACUACCUUCACAACUCUAAGAUGCUGGAGUAUUACAGGAUGUAUGUGGAUCAUUUUGGUCUUCUAAAAUAUAUCCAAUUCAAGACAGUGGUGCUCAGUGUUCAGAAAUGCUCUGAUUUUGCAAGUACUGGGCGUUGGAGUGUCACAACAGAGAAAGAAGGCACGCAGGAAAAUGUCAUCUUUGAUGCUGUUAUGGUUUGCUCUGGGCAUCAUUCUGAGCCACAUUUUCCACUGGAUAGUUAUCCAGGUAUAAAACAGUUUAAAGGCCAAUAUUUCCACAGUCAAGAAUAUAAGAACCCUACGGAAUACAAAGGAAAACGAGUUGUAAUAAUAGGAAUGGGAAAUUCAGCAUCUGAUAUUGCUGUGGAGCUCAGCCGGACUGCAGCACAGGUGUUUCUCAGCACAAAAAGAGGAGCAUGGGUAAUAAGGCGCGUGUCUGAUAAUGGUUACCCUUCGGAUAUCCUACAUAAUAGGCGCUUUUAUAUCUGGAUGAGGAACACUCUGCCAUCAGAUCUGGUCAUGUGGAUUACAGAGAAAAAAUUUAAUCAGUGGUUUGACCAUGCUAACUAUGGCCUGCAGCCAACUGACAGAACCCAGUUCAAAGAGCCACUAUUUAAUGAUGACUUGCCAAGCCGUAUAACUUGUGGAUCUGUGUUGGUGAAGACAUCAGUGAGAAAAAUAACUGAAACAGCAGUGCAGUUUGAGGAUGGAACUGUGGAAGAAAAUAUCGAUGUAAUCAUCUUUGCCACAGGAUAUAAUUAUUCCUUCCCCUUUUUGGAUGCAUCUGUUAUAAAAAUAGACAGUAGUAGAACAUAUUUAUACAAAAAUAUCAUCCCUCCAAACUUGGAGAAGGCCACACUUGGCAUACUUGGACUUAUUCAGCCUCUUGGACCUAUUAUGCCAACUGCAGAGCUGCAGGCUCGAUGGAUUACCAGAAUUUUCAAAGGGCUUUGCAGGUUUCCUCCGAAAAAUGAGGUGAUGGAUGAUAUUGAAAAGGACAGAAAAAUCUUUAUCAAAAGAUAUGGCACCACAAGAGAGAAUCGGUUACAAGUGGAGUUCAUUGAAUACCUGGACAGCUUGGCCUCUGAUAUUGGUGUAAAGCCCAAUAUCUGGUAUUUGUUUCUAACUGAUCCAUUGCUAGCUAUGGCUCUCUGCUUUGGACCAUGCACACCAGCUCAGUUUCGCCUGACAGGCCCAGGAAAAUGGCCACAGGCCAGAAAGCAAGUCAUGACCACGUGGGAUCGUAUUAUAAAGUCAACAAAGACACGAACUGUGAAAAGCAAAGGGCCUAGAUUUGUGACUGCCACUCGAUUGCUGGCUGCUCUUUGCCUUGUAGUUCUGCUGUUGUCUAUUUUCGUUUACCAAUCUAAAUAAGGUAUACAGUGUUUAUUAAUAUAUAUAUAUUUAAGACCAUAAAACUGUUUUUAAUUACAGACAUUACAUUUUAUUAACUACUAAAAUUCAUGAGCUAUUACAGGGGACUACUAAUGCAUGAAAUACGCAAGUACAAAAAUCUUUGAUUUAGAUGCAAAAAAUAUGCUUUUGCUCUCAGUGGGGUUGUGUUUAUCCACAAAUAGUAAGAAACAAGCAAAAUAAAAUGGAACAAAGCUCCAUUAGAAAGCCGCUUCUCAAAUGAUAGUAAUAACUACAAAGGAAUCAAUUUCUUUCAAUUAAGUUGUCAAUGCACAAAUACAUAAUCUUUCUACACUAAUCGAUUCUUGCCAGCCGUUUCUAUUUUAUAAAAGAAAUCAAUAGGUGUCCAUAUUUUUACCUCUGGGAAAAACAAGUUCUUCAUUUAAAAAUGGGUUAGUUCUUUAUCACCUCCAUUCUUACCCCAGUGGAACUUCCAAUUUUAGCUCUUUAUCAUAAUCACUCAACAUACUGUACAUGCACUUUGGUUAUUUACACCAGGAGUCAACUAACCUGCUCUACAAUAAUGUGCAUGGACCACAAAAUGCAAGUGAUGGUUUGAUGAUUCAUUAAAGAGACACCCACACACAAAAACCUGUAUAAUAAAAGUCCUUUGCAAAAUAAA